GAUUGUUGUUGAUAUUUUCGUUGAUAAGGCAGUUACCAAUUUUUAACAAAAUUUGUUUAUACUUGAUUAAGCUGAAAAUACAUUAUGUUGCCAACUGUUGGAUCCAAAGUAAACAUAUUGAGCCCUUAGUUAUUGACUAUGUCAGCUAGAAAUUAUUUGUCUGCUCGAGAGAAGAAUAUCAAACCAAUUGAUUGUUUGCCAAAUAUUAAUAAUCAGAAAUUUACAUGCCGUGCUGGAUUAGAUGUGCCUGUGUUGUCAGCUAAUACGAGUAGUUACAUUAAUAGAAAUCUAAAGUAUUCGUAUGACAUUCAGUCUUUCAGAACAGAUAGUGUAGAUAGAGCGGCUACACCUUUUUCCGAUUUCUUUUCUGAAAGUGAAUCGGGGACACCUGACUUUCAUAGUGAAGAAAGUGACAGUAGUUCGGGUUCAGCACUUCGCCGAAGUACAGCAGAAGCUACUAAAACAUUAGCAUCAGAGUGGGAGAGGAUUGAGAGGACCCUCUACGAUGAGGAUGGGGAUAAGUCAACAAGGCCACAGAUCGUUGAGGAGUGCAAACAGUGGAGACAAUUGCAUCCUCAACUUAGGGUUGUUGGUAAAGCCAUAAUACUUCCUGAAAAAAAAUUGAGUUAUAGACAAAUAGAACAUGAUGAGGUUAUUGCUAUACACUACAGUGAUUAUGAAGAAUUUAGUGAAAGUGAGGAGCGUCUCUCACAGAGUAGCUCUGAUGUGACACCGCAGAAUUCACCAAGAGUUUCUAUUGAUGAACCAAAAUUGUCACGUGAGAAAGUGACUUUUCACCCCAUGUACACUGAUGAAGAUGAUUUACCAAACAGCUUCUGCUCUCUUCUACAAAUUACACCUAUACACAUUAGAAGUCCACCUCAUAGAAAGAAACAAAACCCAUCAAUUUUAAGAUCUGAAUUGGCUUCUUCAAGGUGGAUGAAAUCGUAUAGGCCAGAUUCUUCAGUUAACUGUGAUCGUAAUAGUGCUAAGUCAUUUGUGUCUUUAGAUACAAGAAAUUACAGUAACACUCUCAGUGCAUCUGAGCGCAAUAAAUUGAUGAAUAGUAGAGUUGUAACAGCUAAACAUAGAGACUUAACAAGGCUGGAGCCUUUAUAUGACCCAGACUACUUGCAUAAUGAUAUCUCAAAGAUGUCUAAUAAUGUUUCUAAUUAUAAUAUAAGGAAGGUUUCACUACCACCCCUUUUGUUAGAAGAAGAAAGAAGGAAAGUCGCACAUAUUGGUUCUGCCAAAAGGAAUACACUUAAGUCUAAAAAAAGUGCAUCAAAAGGCUUUUAUCAAUUAGAUAAGGUGAGUAAAUAAAUGUUAUUAAUAUUUUAUUACCAUGACUGUAAUGAUAAUGAUACAACAUAUUCCAAAAAGCCACAUAAUAAUUUUUGUAUUUUAUAUUGACAAUUGUGGUUACAUGCAUUCAAUACUUGUCCAAUGUAUGGUAGAAAUUCUGAAAUAGUUUGAUAAAUUCUAGAACUAUGAGACACAGGGUUCAUGCCUUAUUAGUUGCUAUUACCCAUUGGCGAUUUUCAAUAUUUAAUAAUAUGGGAUUAGCUCCUAAAACAAUUUCAUUAUUUAUUAUGAAUAAUUAUUCAAAUAAACUUCUUUAAUUCUUUAAUAUGUGUUACAAGUUCUAAAUGUGCAUAAAAAAUUUCGAAUUAGAAAACGUGAUCAUUAAAUGUCACUUGUUAAAUAUCUAUAGAUUUAAAUACAUUUUCUAAAUGAAAACAAUAAUAAAAUCUGAAAUUGAAUAUAUUUCUUAACAGAAAUUGAGAAAAUAUAUUCAAUUUCAGAUUCUAUCAAAUUCAUAAACUGC